UGAUACUGACAGCCGUGAUUGAAAACAAAAUCACUAGAUGAAACUCUUCUUGGAUGUAGAAAAUCCCUGCUAGUCUCACUCUCACACACUCUCAAGUCUUCAGCUUGAAAUACUAAAACUUUGCCCUGCCUCUUCUUCUACAUAAGAAAUAGAAGAUGCUAAUUUCAUUAAAUCAUUCCAACUUUGGAUCACCUUAUUAUCGAUCUAGUUGUACCCAAUCUAAGGGUAGAAAUAAUAACCCAUGUUAUCUUCUUCCGAAUCAACUCUUACAUUGCUUUGAUAGAGUAUUGAAGAGAUCAUCUUGCAUUUCCAUUACAACUGCUACUACUAAUAGAAGAAAAAAUGGAAAACUAAGUGCUUCUUUGCUAGAGGCUCCUGUUAUAUGGGCUGGUAGAGUAUGCAUCUUUUAUGUUCUACUCAAAGCUGGUUAUGCUGGAUCACCAGAUAGUCCUUUUCUUUCAGAUGUGAAAACAGGAAAUAAUGAUUUGGGUUUCUCUGAGUGGUUAGGAAGCUUUCAAGGAAGAUCAGAAGAGGAAAAAGAAGCAAAUGACAAAAGGAAAUUGGUGAGCAAAUGGCACCCAACCACAAAGGGUACUCUCAAAAGGAGUUAUAGAGUACCUUCCAAAACUGUCGGAAAAAAGUUGCUCAAGGCCAUUGCGUCUUUACUAUCAGAUGAUGAUCACUUCUUAGAUGCUUCGUCCCAUAAGGGUUGUCAGAUCAGAAGGGAGAGUGCUCAUGGGGAGAGUGUGUGCUGUAACAAUGUGAGAGCUUUAUUUGAUGAACUUCCAACUCCACAUUUGAUUGUCGAGAUAACACCUUUUCCUGCCGGACCUCUUACUGAGAAAGAUUAUAUCAAGGCUGAGAAGCUUGAGAAAGUGUUGAGAUCCGCUGCUUCGAUUUGAAUCAGCUAUGCACCUUUUGUUGUAUCUAAACCAAUCCUUCAUCUGUGCAUGCAUUCCACGAUCUGAAGCAGGCUCUUCUAUUUCAUCAACUGAUUCGCAUCCUUGUAGUUUUACUUCUAAUAUCUGACGUUUUUUUUCUUCUGUUUUUGUUUACCACACUCUGGGACUGCAGUGGUAUUUCGGUGUCAACAUGUUCUUUUGAAAACCAUCCUUGUUUCUGAAAAAGAUAUUCAUGGAAUCGAGUUUUCUAUAUAUUGAUUGUGUGUUUAUUACAA